GUUAGGACAACAGGCAACACGCUCAUUUUUUUUCCCACAUAACCGCGUUGAAGUUUCAAUGUACCAAGUAAUCUAUAAAUCAAAAUUGAGGAGUAUCUUUUUUACUUCCAAUUACUAAAAUUAUUUUAUCCACUUCUUUGUUCCAACCAACUCUUAAACCCAUGACUUGAGAUUCCAAACCUUAAAAUUAUUAUAUCCACUUCUUAAUGGAGCAACUUCCACCUGGUUUUAGGUUCUAUCCUACUGAAGAAGAGCUCAUAACUUUUUACCUUCACAAUAGAUUUCAUAACCAAAGAUCCGAGCUUGAUCGCGUCAUCCCUUCCAUUGACAUCUAUAACUUCGAGCCUUCUCAGUUACCAGGGUUGGCAGGGGAGUUAUGUCAUGGAGAUAUGGAGCAAUGGUUCUUCUUCAUGCAACAGCAAGAAAGAGAAGCACGAGGUGGGAGGCCAAACCGAACAACUGCUUCUGGUUACUGGAAAGCAACAGGGUCACCAAGCUACGUUUACUCAUCACAAACUAAUAAAGUGAUUGGGGUUAAGAAAACAUUGGUUUUCUACAAGGGUAAAGCUCCUACUGGCAGGAAAACCAAGUGGAAGAUGAAUGAAUAUAAGGCUGUCAAGCAACAACAUAAUAAUAUUGCCUCAUCUUCCACUACUACUGCAGUCCCUGAGCUGAUGCAUGGGCUUAGCUUGUACAGAGUGUAUAUAACCUCUGGAUGUGCUCGAGCUUUUGAUCGGCGGCCACCAGGAACAAUCCUAGGAGAUAUUGGAGCCCAAAAUGUUAGAGAUUACAAAGCUGAUUUGCAAACAUCUGAGGCUGCAGCUUCACAAAGUGCAAAUCCUAAAACAUUAUUAGUAGAGAAAAGUAGCUCAACAGAUGGCUCUAACUCAGGGUGUGAUGAUCAGGAAACCAUCCAACACGCUGCAGCUGGAAAUAGUUACUCUUCUGAGAUUGAGAUGGCUGAAGAUGGUACCUUCUGGGAUUGGAAACAACUAGAUUGGUUAUAACCAGUACUCAGGAAUUACAAUAUACUCUUUCACUCAUCAUCAUUUUACAACGUUUACUUUCUUUUCCACCAAGUUUGCUAUCAUUUAAUUUUAAAGUCUUUUGUCAAUCAAAGUCGCGAAACUCGCCUCAUUUGUUUUUUACAGCUUUUUUUUUCCGCAUAUUACUGCUUUUAUAAGUUUAAAAUUUUUAUAUUGCCGCUACUUUGCUAGACUUUGAGAAAUUAACAGAUAAUAACAAUAUUAAUCUUGGAGUAA